AUGCCUCUGUACAGUCCUCCAAUUUCUACAACUGAAACCUUAUUUCUUAAAACCCACAAAAUCAAAUCCUUAUACGCACAACCACAACCACGAUCACCGAUCAUCACUAUGAAAGCAACUGAGGGUGUAACAAGAAGAAAAGCGCCGCCUCGACCUCCGAUGUCAGCCGUGGAAGCCCGAGUUUCCCUUGUCCUCGCUCUCGCUUCCCAAACUUUGUUUCUUUCUCAGCGCCUUUUGACUGGUUUGGCAAGUGAGAGCGUGAAAUAUAUAGUUCCGAAUAGCAAAUUUGAGAGCCGGAACUUUGAAGAAGCCUUGAUGUCCGUUCCUGAUCUCGAGACAGUGAAAUUUAAAAUUCUGGGUCGUAACGAUCAGUAUGAGAUAAGAGAAGUGGAGCCUUAUGUUAUUGCUGAGACGACGAUGCCUGGGAAGUAUGGAUUUGAUUUUACAGGGGCAUCUCAAUCCUUCAACGUGCUGGCUGAGUACUUGUUUGGUAAGAAUACAAGAAAGGAGCAAAUGGAGAUGACUACGCCUGUUUUUACUCGUAAAGUACAAUCGGUUGGGGAGAAAAUGGAAAUGACAACCCCUGUGAUAACUAAAAGGGUGGAAGAUCAAGAUAAAUGGAAGAUGUCCUUUGUCAUGCCGUCAAAGUAUGGUUCCAACUUGCCAUUGCCCAAGGAUUCUUCUGUGACUAUCAAAGAGGUGCCAAGGAAAAUCAUCGCAGUUGUUGCAUUUUCAGGCUUUAUCACUGAUGAAGAAGUUGAACGCCGGGAAUCAAGACUAAGGGACUUACUGAAUAAUGACACAGAAUUUCGUGUGAAAAAGGGUGCAUUGGUGGAAGUUGCACAGUAUAAUCCACCAUUUACACUUCCAUUCACGCGUCGGAAUGAAAUUUCUCUUGAAGUUGAAAGGAAACAGCCGUAG